AUGGCUUCUUCUUCAUUCACUUCUUCUUGUCAGACCAGCAAUUUGAGAUCUGUAUUUUUGGGCGAAAGAAAUGGAAUAUGUCUACCUAGUGUUCCUGUAAUUCGUGUUGGUUUUUUGAGAAACACUAUUGAAUGUAAGGAGUCACGGAUAGGGAAGCAACCAAUUCAAGUUCCGUCCAAUGUGACAAUCACAUUGGAAGGUCAAGAUUUAAAAGUAAAGGGUCCAUUGGGGGAACUUUCAAGGACUUAUCCACGAGAAGUAAAGCUCGAGAGGGAUGAAAAUGGAAUCCUUCGAGUCACCAAGGCACUAGACACUAGAAGAGCAAACCAAAUGCAUGGACUUUUCAGGACACUUACUGACAACAUGGUGGUGGGAGUAUCUAAGGGUUUCGAGAAGAGACUUCAACUUGUUGGUGUUGGUUAUCGUGCAAAUGUAGAAGGAAAAGACUUGGUAUUAAGUCUGGGGUUGUCUCAUCCAGUUAGGAUGGCAAUCCCUGGUAACCUACAAGUGAAGGUGGAAGAGAACACCAGGAUCAUUGUCAGUGGAUACGACAAGUGCUCCAUUGGUGAGUUUGCUGCUUCAAUUAGGAGAUGGAGACCCCCUGAGCCAUAUAAAGGUAAGGGUGUGAGGUAUGCCAAUGAAGUUAUAAGAUUAAAGGAAGGUAAAGCAGGGAAGAAGAAGUGA